AUGGCUGGCAACGUACGACAACCAAUCGACAUCGCCUCGUUGGAGCGCUAUGUCACCGCAAAUGUACCCGAGAUUAAAGUCCCGCUGGAUGUGAAGCAGUUUGGUUAUGGACAGUCAAAUCCAACGUAUCAGUUGACCGAUAAAGAUGGAAAGAAAUACGUUCUGAGGAAGAAACCCCCGGGUCAACUCUUGUCAAAGACAGCGCACAAAGUCGACCGCGAGUACAGAAUCAUCCACGCACUGGAGAACACAGAUGUCCCUGUUCCGCGUGCACUAUGUCUCUGUCAAGACCAAGCCGUCAUCGGCACCGACUUCUACAUUAUGGACUUUCUCGAUGGGCGCAUCUUUGAGGAUCCUGCGAUUCCAGGCGUAACAGCCGAGGAGCGAACGAAGAUGUGGCACUCCGCAAUCACCACGCUCGCGAAAUUCCACCGCGUAUCUCCAUCUUCUGUAAACCUUUCAUCAUAUGGCAAGAACUCUGGUUUCUACGACCGCCAGAUCGCAACCUUCAACACAAUCUCCCAGUCGCAAGCUUCCGCCAAAGACAAGGAGACUGGAGAACCGGUAGGAAAGAUACCACACCAGGACGACAUGGUGGCCUUCUUCAAGGACCCAAAGACACAGCCAAAAGACCGCGCAACCUUUGUACAUGGCGACUACAAGAUUGACAAUGUUGUCUUUCACAAGACAGAACCCAGGGUAAUUGGCAUUCUGGACUGGGAAAUGAGCACCAUUGGGCACCCGCUAUCUGAUCUGAACAACGUCCUUGCGCCCUACGUGACAGCGUCGAAUGAAAUCGCCAUGUCUAUCGGGCGCGCGCACAAGGGUUUCCAGCCUGGAGCUACACCCGGAUUGCCCACGCGCGAGCAACUCAUCGCAUGGUACUCGGAGGUCGCCGGCUGGGACCCGAGACCUGAUUUUACUUGGGGCGACGCGUUCAGUACAUACAGGAGUGCUAUCAUCAUGCAAGGAAUUGCGGCACGAUAUGCAUUGAGACAAGCGAGUAGCGAGCAGGCGCAGACGUAUGCGGCCAUGAUGAAGCCUUAUUCGGAGAUUGCAUGGGGCCUUGUGCAAAAGUUCAAGAGCGGGCAUGAGGAGAGAGCGAAACUGUAG